AGCGGCCACACUGCCACGGAGUCUGCGGUCCGUGGGCGGUGGCUUCUGGGAGUUGUAGUCGUUGGCGGUGAGCGCCGUCGGUAAGGAGACGUAGCUUUCGGCUCGGUCCACCACAGCAGUUGGUUCCCGGCUGCGGCCGCACGGGAUGGAGGCUUCCUGGCGCCAGGUAGCCGCUGGCCGAGGCCGAGCCCGAGGGCGGGCCGCCGCAGUCCCCUCCUCGGGAAGUGGAGACCCUCUCUGCGGCGCUGGAGGAGGGCGAGUCAAAGGGUCCGGGAGCGCGGUGCCCUCGGGCCCUAGUCUCGGCGGAGCAGCGACCCUGCCCUCUGCAGGUCGCAGGCAGCGAUCUGCCGGAGGCGAAGCCAUGCAGAUCCUGGGGACCAGCGAGCUAACGUCUCAGAGGAAAUUUGAGGAGAUCAAGAAGGCCAAUCAAGCUGCAGCCAGGAAGCUUGUGGAGGAGCAUUGCAGCUCCUCGGAAGAGGAAGGAGAUGAAGACUUGGAAGGAAAGCAGGGGAAAAUCGUCGCUAAUACAUUCAUCUCAUACACUACUCACACAGAUGGCGAUAUACAUGAGUUAGAGCGAACCAGACAGUACGUGAAUGAAGCUUUUCAGGCAGGGGCUAUGACGUGCCUCAUUUGUAUCGCUUCAGUGAAGAGAAACCAAGCGGUUUGGAGCUGCUCUGGAUGUUUCUGUAUAUUCCAUAUGCCCUGUAUUCAGAAGUGGGCUAAAGACAGCCAGUUUCUUGUAUCUUCUGUGACAGAUGAGGAUUUUGAAAAGAAAGAUUAUCCUUGGCCGUGUCCAAAAUGUAGAUUUGAAUACAAAAGAUCAGAAACACCUAGUAGAUAUUAUUGCUACUGUGGGAAAGUAGAAGAUCCACCUUUAGAUCCAUGGCUUGUACCUCAUUCCUGUGGCCAAGUAUGUGAGAGGGAAUUUAAGCCUCCUUGUGGCCAUAAAUGUUUACUUCUCUGCCAUCCAGGUCCCUGCCCUCCUUGUCCAAAGAUGGUCACAACUACUUGUCACUGUAAGAAAGCAAAACCUGUCCCUCGCAGGUGCAGUGCCAAGCAGUGGUCUUGCCAGCUGCCGUGUGGGCGCAAGCUGCUUUGUGGGCAUCAUAAGUGUGAAAAUCCUUGUCAUGCAGGAGACUGUCAGCCUUGUCCAAGAGUUAGUAGACAGAGGUGUGUUUGUGGCAAAAAGGAAGCAGAAAGAAGUUGUGCGAGCCCAGUGUGGCAUUGUGAUCAGGUGUGUGGAAAGACACUGCCAUGUGGUUAUCAUACGUGUGAGCAAGUUUGUCAUGUUGGUGCUUGUGGAGAGUGUCCUCGCUCGGGGAAGAGGUCCUGUCCAUGUCAGAAAUCAAAGUUUUCUUUGCCUUGUACAGAAGAUGUCCCAACUUGUGGAGACAGCUGUGACAAAGUGCUUGAGUGUGGGAUCCAUAGGUGUUCACAGCGUUGCCACCGAGGGCCAUGUGAAACCUGCAGACAAGAGGUGGAAAAGCAGUGCCGCUGUGGAAGGCAUGCAAAGCGAAUGCCGUGUCACAAGCCUUACCUCUGUGAAACCAAGUGUGUUAGAGUGCGGGACUGUCAGAAGCAUCAGUGUCGGAGAAAGUGUUGCCCUGGAAACUGUCUACCUUGUGAUCAAAAUUGUGGACGGACGUUAGGAUGUAGAAACCACAAGUGUCCAUCUGUCUGCCACAGAGGCAGUUGCUAUCCAUGCCCAGAAACUGUAGAGGUGAGGUGCAGCUGUGGCAAGGCCAAGGUGACAGUGCCCUGUGGCCGAGAGCGAACCACGAGGCCACCCAAGUGCAAAGAACUGUGCAGUCGACCACCAACAUGUCAUCAUACAAGUCAAGAAAAACAUCGCUGUCACUUUGGCUCAUGUCCACCAUGUCAUCAGCCUUGCCAAAAAGUGUUAGAGAAAUGUGGGCACUUGUGUCCUGCUUCAUGUCAUGAUCAAGCAUUAGUGAGGCAGACUGGCAAGCAUCAGCCCGUGGGCCCGUGGGAACAACCGGCCGAGCCAGCAUUUAUUCAGACUGCACUGCCUUGUCCUCCGUGUCAAGUUCCUAUUCCUGUGGAAUGUCUGGGGAAGCAUGAGGUGAGUCCUCUACCAUGCCAUGCUGUAGGACCCUAUUCUUGCAAGAGACUUUGUGGAAGAAUGUUGCACUGUCAAAAUCAUACAUGUAUGAAAGAAUGCCACAAAGUGACUGAAGUUGAUGGCUCUACUGUCAAAAAUAAGGCUGGCCCAGAAUGCCUUCAGUGUGAAGAAGGAUGCUCUAAGCCACGGCCUCUGGGUUGUCCUCACCCGUGUGUUUUGCCCUGUCACCCUGGAAAAUGCCCUCCUUGUGUUCAGAUGCUCAGAUUAAAAUGUCACUGCAAGAUCACAAGCCUCUAUGUGGAAUGUAGAAAAAUAGCCACAGCUGAUAUAAAUGAAAGGAAUCUCCUCAGUUGUUGCAAAAACCAGUGCCCCAAAGAGCUUCCUUGUGGCCAUAGAUGCAAAGAGAUGUGUCAUCCUGGUGAAUGUCCCUUUAAUUGUAACCAGAAGGUAAAGCUUAGAUGCCCUUGUAAAAGAAUAAAACGGGAAUUGCCAUGCAAUAAAAUACGUGAAAGUCAGGUUUCAGUGGAAUGUGAUGCAACAUGCAAGGAAAUGAAGCGGAAAGCGUCUGAGAUUAAAGAAGCAGAAGCCAACGCUGCUCUGGAAGAAGAAAAACGAAGACAGCAGGCUGAACUGGAAGCUUUUGAAAACAGGCUGAAGGGUCGCCGGAAGAAGAACAGGAGAAGAGAUGAAGUGGCAGUGGAGCUGUCUCUUUGGCAGAAAUAUAAGUCCUACCUCUUCCCAGCAUUCGGGGUCUUGGUGGCAGUGCUUGUAUGGUACAUUGCCCAUGGUGUGGAUUAAUGAUUCUUUAAAUCUUUUAAUAUACCUCAGACUGGAGUUAAGUAAAUGUUCAGCUUAAGAUAUUAGAAAACGUGCAUUGUAGAACAAGACACGUUCAUAUUUUUCUGUGUCCUUGUCUGGCUACAGUUAGGACAGAUGUUUAGCUUUAUCUGAGUUAGUGACCAGAGGCAGUGAGAUACUAUCUACAGUCAGAGCCGAGCGCUUAGCUGGUGGCCCCGCACUUAGUCUCCUCGUCCAUGGUCUCCAUGUUCAGUCCUCCGUCCACUGUCUGCGGAGCAGCGGGGAUAUUUCUCUGGUCACUUCCCGGGUACUUUUCUUGAUCAUGUGACUUUGUACUUUUCUAAAGAAGUGAUUCUGUAAAAGAAUCUGAAAUUCUAACACAGGCUUUAUAAUUCGAUUCCACAUUAGUUUAUCAGAGAGGAAUUUUAUUGGCCAUUGAAGCAAAUUUUACACUGUUUUCCUCAGGAAAUAGAAAGAAAUGCCCGGCUAGGUCCCUUAUAGGAGGCUGUUUUUUUGUUCAAGAAGCCUAACUGAAGUUGGCAUGUUUGCUAAAACUUGGAUGUAUCUUUUGAUGAUGAUAAUAAAGGAAAACUAAGAUUUCUGAGCAAUACGUGCAGAGCACAGGGUUGUGAGCUUUAUGUACCGUUUCAUUUCUCUUUGCCACAGUUCUUGAUAUGUUUAUUAUAGCUGGGAACAAUCAACUUCAUAAAAUUAAACUGAUAGAAAAAUAAUCAAUAAGCCAGAUUACAUAGAUUUGUAAGUCAUUUAAAGUAGUUUUGCUAUUUAAUUAUUGUAUUAUUAUUUCCAUUAAAAAUUUUCAUACCAAA